AUGCCUACAACACCUACAACAUCCACAACACAAACAAACACAACAGCUACAACAACUACAAUCACUACAUCCACAAACCCCUACAACCACCACGCCCACAAAGUCCACAACAACUACAACCACCACACCCACAACAACCACCACACCCACAGCAACCACAACUACAACCACCACACCCACAAAGUCCACAGCAACCACAACUACAACCACCACACCCACAAAGUCCACAACAACUACAAAGUCCACAACAACUACAACCACCACACCCACAACAACCACCACACCCACAGCAACCACAACUACAACCACCACACCCACAAAAUCCACAGCAACCACAACCACCACACCCACAACAACCACCACACCCACAAAGUCCACAGCAACCAUAACUACAACCACCACACUGACAACAACCACCACGCCCACAAAGUCCACAACAACUACAACCACUACACUCACAACUACAACCACCACACCGACAACAACCACCACACCCACAACAACCACCACACCCACAACAACCACCACACCCACAAAGCCCACAACUACAACCACUACACUCACAACUACAACCACCACACCGACAACAACCACCACACCCACAAAGCCCACAACUACAACCACUACACCCACAACUACAACCACCACACCCACAAAGCCCACAACUACAACCACCACAAAGCCCACAACUACAACCACCACACCGACAACAACCACCACACCCACAAAGCCCACAACUACAACCACUACACCCACAACUACAACCACCACACCCACAAAGCCCACAACUACAACCACCACAAAGCCCACAACUACAACCACCACACCGACAACAACCACCACACCCACAAAGCCCACAACUACAACCACUACACCCGCAACUACAACCACCACACCCACAAAGCCCACAACUACAACCACCACACCGACAACAACCACCACACCCACACCAACCAUGACAACUACAACCACAACGACCACAACAACUACAACCACAAGGACCACGCCCACAACUACAAUAACCACAACAACCCCAACUACUACAACUACUAA